AUGGUGAGCAGCGUGUACAGCAGCAGGGCGGCGUGCGUGGGGGUCCUGCGUACCGUUGAGCAGCGGCGCCCCGCUUGGUGGACGCCUGCCUGUACAGAUUUCUUGCGGCGCGUGGAGCGGCUGCCGCCCACUGGCGCCGAUGAUCCUGCUGCUGCCGCGCCGCGCAGCAAAGUGUUGCUCGUCGUGGAGGGCCUCGAUGGUGUUGGCAAGUCGCUCGUGACGCAGUCACUCGUGGACCGCCUCGGGGCAUCGGCGGAGCUGCUGCGCACCCCCGACCCCGCGCUGCACGACCUUCGUGAGAUCUUCCGCGCGCAAGACGAAGACACCUCACGUGCAUUUUACAGCGCGGCAAACUACUUGGCCGCGUGGGAGGCCCUGCACGCGACUGGGCAGCGUCGCUUCAUCGUGUUUGACCGCUGGUGGUGUAGCACCUGCGCGAUGGCGCUCGCCAAUCGCUGCGUGAAGGCGACGCUGCCACCGGUCGGUGACGCGGUGUACCAGUGGCCGCGAGAUCUGCCGACGUUCGACGUGGGGGCGCUGCUGCAGGUGGACGAGAGCAUCCGACUGGAACGCAUCCGCCGCCGCGCCCCGGAGGACGCCGAGGAGCGGCGACUCUCUGCACAGCUGGAGAUGCGGGAGACCGCGAUGGAGGCAUAUCGUCGCUUCGGUUUGCUCACCGAGGUCCACACGCCGACGUACGGCGUGGCGGUGAAUAGUAUCCUCGCCCUGAUGACGAGGAGGGGCGUGCAGCACAACGCCACCCCAUUCACAGCGGCGGAAUUGGCCGCAAUUCGUCCGUUUUAG